AUGGAUGCCGCCUGUCCCACCAGUAUCAAGGAGCUCUUAACGUUCCUUCCAGAUCAACCUAAGCUGCAUUCGGAGGCGAAAAGUUCGACUUCGACUGCAGAUUAUACAGCCAAAGACCCUCCCCCUCCGAAAUAUCGUUUCAUCUCCUCCCGGAUAUACCCCGAUCUCCUCCUAAACCUCAAAGAGUUCAUCAGUGGAGUGGUCAAUGACCUCAGUAUUGGAGAAGCGUCAUGUCAGUCGAUGCAGCAUGCCUUGAAUAAUAUGUCAGAGGUGUGUUUCCGGAACGAGACCCAGGUGAGCCAGUAUGGCGGCUAUGUCGCUGAAGCAGUGCACCCUGUUGUCGAGGCUAUCGCUGCGGCUGCUGGUCUCGCAGGUGGCAUCGGUGUGAAGCGCGUACCUGUCGCUAUACCCCAAUGGUCCCUUGGCCAUUUCAACUUUAUUGUUGGCCGACGGAACAAGACUGAGGACGGUCGCUUUGAAAUUGUGCCCCUAAAAGCUUGUUCUGAUGAGGAUAAGGCUUAUUGGGUGCUGCUUUCAAAGACGGAGGCGUUGAGUAUGCCAUUCAGUCUUGAUGCCACUCAGAAGCAAACUGGUGCCAAGGCCAUGGUCGUGAAACUUGCACUGCAAAUGGUAGCUGCAAACGCCGAGUUUGGCUUUUUCUUUGGUGGAUAUAUCGCGAUUGCUGCACAGCUUGUCAAGUCCACGGACCCCUCUCGUCCAGGACUCAUCCUCCUGCUUUCGCCUCCGUUCAGACUUUCCAAUGAGGCCUUUCCAACUCCAGAAACGCUCACGCCGUUUCAGGCAAACAUACAACCCGAGCCGUUCCUUGCCAUACUCGUCGCUAUGUUAUGCGCCAAUCUGGUUUCUGGACAUGAAGUCAAGAGCCCGCCUGCUGCUUUUUACCAGCCUCUGCCAUAUGAAGAAGAUGAACACGACCCAGGUGAUAAUGACGAAGACCGAGAUGGUAUCCCUGCGUGUUCUGUUCAAGUCGGAACCAAUGCUAUGAUAUUGCAGCAUCCGUGGUUGAACUGUAGCGACAUACACCGUAUAUCUAUCAUCGGAAACCCACCUCAACGUCUUUUAAAUUUAGAUGUUCAGAACAUCCUAGCACCGCGGAACCUAAUUUGUGCUCCCCGCAUUCCGUCAAUAGACGUUAACACGGUGACUCUUCUCGAACAGAUUCGAGCGAGUAGAUGGAGCAGCAUAUACACAUGUCACCUCGAAGGUGCCGACAAGCUGUGCAUCAUGAAGCUCGUGUCGGAACGUCACUCGGAGAUGGUCUUGCGUGAGCUGUACAUGUACGAGGUGGUGCUCAAGGGGUGUUCCCUCGUCCCUCAGUUUUAUGGGACGUUCCAGAGGCCGGCUGGUGGCUGGUUUGGGUUCUUGCUUGAGAACGUUGGGGAGAGUCUUGAGGAUGUGUAUGGCUCGGAGUGGGGUGAUGUGAAGGUGGAUUUGGGUGUGGUGGAGUGGAAAAAUCUCGUCGAUUCAGUGAAGAAGCUGCACUCGUUGGGUGUCAUGCAUGGGGAUCUCGAACCGCGGAAUGUGGCGAGGACUGGGGAGGGGACGUUCAAGUUUUUUGAUUUUGGACGGUCGGAGGUCCAUCGUUGUCGAAAGGGUGGGUGUGAGGAGCCAUGGGUAAAUGUGCUACGCGCAUUAUAUAGGUUCAAGUUACCAAUGUCAGUGUUAUUCUGGAGAUAAACUUUUGCAUUUGCGUCGAUAUGAGAACUGUUCCAAAUGUUGUUGUGAAGAGAAGACUAAGUAAGCCCGUUGACUAGCGCUUGGAUGUCGAUCCGGCGGCAUGUUCCUCUCUCUCGCAGCGACGUUCCAAAAUUGGUCUCGUUGUCAAUGCAGGAGAGGGAGAGAAUUCCGAAGGUGUGUUCUGCCCUCUGCUUUACCUAGCUCGCUCACAAACUUCGUGCAGCUACAUGCAAUACUGAAUAGCCUGCACCAUCGACGUCUCCAUCACACGGUCCGCUGUC